AUGGAUGAUGCCGGAAUGAUUGACUCUACAUCGCCGGAUCCUGCAGAGGCAUCACCUCCUCAAUCUGCCUACACGCCAACUAGUAGCGUAGUCGCGCAUGUCGCAGAGUUCGAAGCAGAGGUGGACGAGUUAAUGCAAUGCGUGCGCGAAAAGGCCGAGUUGCUGAAUGGGUGGCAGGACACACACGACUUAGAAGUGGAGCAGCUGAGCCAGAGGAUUUUCGCUGUUUGGUCGAGUAUUGGAGACUUGCAGAGCGAAUUUGCAAAUAUGAAGAACGAGUUCAAGGACCUCUUGCAGAGAGAAUCGAGAGAUAUGGAAGUGUUUAAGGACACUCUGCAAAAGGAAUCCAAGGAUAUGAUGAAGAGGAUUGAAGAGAUUGGAGCUGCUAUUACCGGAGAUAUUGACGCCGAGCAAAGCAUUAAAAGAAGGACAGAACUCAACAAGCGACGCGACGAAAUGGUAAAAAUCCUCACAGGGAACGACUCUCCAACAUGGGAUGAUUAUGUCAACGCAAUGGCAGAAGGAUGUGCACCUCAUGAAGUGAGACGCACACUUUACGAAGCCGCGAAAGACAUGAUAGCAAUCUAUGAAGCGAAAGUGCAAAUGCCAGAACCCGUGCGCAGUGAAUCCGCGUGGAUGAUUAUUGUCAAAGGGAAAGCAAAGGAGGAUAAGCAAGAGCGGACGAGAAUGGAAGUGGAAUAUGAGGAGAGACUGAAGCAAGCGAGGGAGGCACAGCACAUUUUGGACUUGUUAAGGGAUGAGGAAGUACUGGAGUCGUUGCUAAUGUAA